AGAGAGAGAGAGAGCCAUCUAACCGGACCACAUAAACCCGCAGCAAUCUAACCAGAGAGAGAGAGAGAGCGCAAACGAGAGGGGGGAUAACGGUUUUCCCUCCUGUCUGAUGAUAGAUUUCAGGCUCUUCACAGAGACAGAUAGAUUGACUGUUUAUCGUACGCCACACUGCGAGUGAUUGCUUCUCGUACACCACUUCUUUUAAACGAUCACCAAGGUCAUCACAUCUUGUACUUUCUAUUCCUUCACAAGGGGGCAACAGUACUUUUUUUUAAUAAUCCGGAUCUUUUCUUUCUGUUUUCUUCAAACCGCAAAAACCAGAUAUUAUACUCAUCUGAAGGUUGGUUUUCUUUUCUUUUUUGUUUUGUUUUGGGUUCCUAUUAUUGGGAGUGUAUGGGCAUAGAUCUCAGUAUGUAGAGAAUUUGGUGCGGUUUAUUUUUGGUUUUUGGGAGUAGGUUUUUUAUUUACCUUUAUAAAAAUAUAUAUUUUUUUUUUGAAGGAGAAAUGAAGCGUAAGGUAGCCUUAGCUGGUUUGUAUUAUUUGAAGUGGUUUGAUGAAAGAUAGAAGGAUUUUAUUGGAUUUAAGUUGAGUUUUUCCCUUUUUUCCUCCUGUUUUGGCCUUAGAUCUCUCUUAAAUAGAGAGAGAGAGAGAGAGAGAGAGAGAGAGAGAGAGAGAGAGAGUUGACCUUUAUUGGUUAGGGUUUGAGGAAGAGAUUCAUGCAACACUGCUUAACAUGAUUGAAGGUUUGUUGAAGAAGUAAAGAGAAAAGAUCGAUUUUAGUUACCAAAAGAGAGAGAAAAGGUAGAGAUUCAUUUAUUUUCUUAGCUGGGUAUUCUUCACGAGGUCUCAAUCCAUAAGAAGAAAAGGGAAGAAAGAGAAAGAGGGUUCCUAGUUCUCUCAGCUGGGUAUUUCUUGCAAAGUAAGGAAAAAAAAAGGGGGGGGAGGGAGAAGUGGAAGAACGGAUAAAAUACAUAGCUUUUCUUACUUGGUUAUUUCCAUUUAUAGAUCCCAAAGAAGAGAAAGAAAAGAAGAAGAAGAUUGAUUUUUCUCCAAAAGCUCUUCUCAUCUUAUUCCUGUAUUGAUUUGUAAAGAGAAGUAUCAAUUCGUAGCAAUUCUUUCCCAAAUAGCAGAGCUGGCAAAUCGGUGGUGGGCUGGACAUGUAUCGAUGGGAGGAGUCGACCCCUCCAUCCCAUCCCUCCAUCUACGAAACCCUGACACCAACCAUUCCGGCGGACUCGGCCGCCUUGGAUUAUGUAGAGAACAAGAACUCAUGGAAGGCAGCAACAACAACAGUCUCGGCAGCAGCAGCAACAACAACAACAGCAGCAGCACUAACAACGGCAACCAAAAUGCUGAGGACGAAGACAGCCGAGGCGGUGGUGAUGAUCAUGACGGCGACGACCAGGCCGCCGGCCAGGAAACCAUUGAGGGAAGCAACGGUCGCCGGCCCCGCGGCCGCCCACCAGGAUCGAAGAACAAGCCCAAGCCACCUGUAAUCAUUACCCGUGAGAGCCCCAACGCUCUCCGCAGCCACGUGCUUGAGAUCGGCAGUGGCAGUGAUGUCGUUGAGAGCAUUGCUGCAUUCUCACGACGACGGCAGCGGGGCGUCUGCAUCCUCAGUGGCAGUGGCAUCGUCACCAAUAUCACUCUCCGUCAGCCCACCGCGCCUGGUGCAGUCAUCACUCUCCAUGGUCGGUUUGAGAUACUAUCCCUAUCAGGAGCAUUCCUACCUGCGCCAGCCCCUCCAGGCGCCACCGGGCUGACUGUCUAUCUUGCGGGUGGGCAGGGGCAGGUAGUGGGCGGAGCUGUGGUGGGCCCACUCAUGGCAUCUGGACCUGUGAUAAUCAUCGCAGCCACAUUCUCAAAUGCGACAUACGAGAGGCUACCACUCGACGAGGAGGAGGCGGGGUCUGCCAACGCUGAGGCUGCUGUGGGGGAGGGGAUGCAAUUACAGCCAUCUCCAGGGGUAAAUUCAGGAACUGGUGGUAUUUCUCCAUCUCAAUCUCAUGGUUUGGCUGACCCAUCAACGCUUCCAUUGUACAAUCUACCACCCAAUCUAAUGCCAAACGGGCAGCUGCCUCAUGAUCUAUAUGGGUGGGCCUCUCAUCCUCGUCCACCACACUCUUACUAGAUUAAAAAAAAAAAAAGAAGAAGGAGAAACAUGUAUUUCUCGUUUUAUUUCCCUUUUUUUUUUUUUUCAAACUCCUUAAAAUAGCUUGUUCACGUUAUUUCAAGGUCUUUUGUACACUAAGAAAGAAGCAAGGUUAGACAGUUCUUUGUGAAAUCUGAUUGUCUUUCUGCUCU